AUGAGGCCCUUUGCGAGUGAUUCGACUAUCCCGAUUCUUCUACUCUUCGCAUUAUCCUGCACCCGGGUCAUUGGCGACGGCGAAUCGAGAACAUCCACGAAGCUUAACAGUUUGUUUUUCAAUGGUAACAAGCCACAACUCAUCUCGUUUGACACUACUGGUGGAGAGAUCGAGAUCAAUUGGGACGUGUCUGUACCCUUCUUCACGAUACCGUUGCACCAUACAGACGAAAAUAACGAGAUAGCACCGCUGAUCAACGUCAAUACGAAAGGGUUGUCGGUCGCCGGCAUUUUAACAGCUAUUCUUACUUUAGCUGUGCCCAUCCUGUCGAAGCCAGGUCCCGGAAUGAAUUAUCGAAGUUCCGACUCACAUUGGUCGCGAAUGGGAAAUACGAUAAACGAGGUCAUACUCGGCAAUAAUUACUUCACACCCUGUGUUCAGCGCAUCAUCUGUUCCAUGAUUUCCGAGGCGAGUCACUCCGACAAUCCCACGAGUACUGACAAGAUCAUCGAUGGCUUGUCAAGUCACAAGUGGUUCAAGGAAUUCACGAACGGAACAGUCCUCCAGGAAGCUAUAAGGAUAGGACGGGAGGAACAUCACGAUUGCGGACGUGUCUACAAGGAAUGUUUUGUGUCACCACGAAUCCUUAAAAGCAUAAUGAUGCAGUUCGGCGCACUUUGAAGUUCGACGGAUGUUCUAAAUGUUAAUUAAUUGAAUCAAUUAAAGCAAGAACGACACAUUACACAUUGUGGAUUUUGAAAAAGCUUAGACACAUCUUAUUAGACGCUAUUGUCGUCAAAGGCCUGGCAAAUCUGUCUCACAUUCAAUUUUGAAAUCACUCGCAGUAACGAGCGAGUUACAUCAGAGAAGUCCAUCUACAUUAUUCCGAUGCACGAGGUGUGAAAUUUCGUCGCGUCCAAGAAAUCGCGUUAUGUGCUAUUUAGAUGACACCUCGGCGCGCUUUCACUUUUCCUUUUUCCUCACACAAUCGCAGAAAAAAUCACAGCCAUUUUAACACAAGAACUUUACAUAAUUGUAUAAAUUUACACG